CAAUCCUUAGUUAGUUCGACGUGACGUCAGGAAAUUCAGGCGCAGAAUCACAAUCCACCAGGCUCCCGAUUACUUGCAUGUUGUCGAUUUUUCGCCUUUUAUUACGCAAAACGUCUGGAAAUUUAAAUCUGAUUUGAUUUCCAAAACAUGAUAUACAUCUAAGGAAAGCUUUUUCUAAAUAAAAAAGUAAUUUAUAUCUCUGUGAUUUCUGUUUGUGUGUGUGUGCAAAAAAUUUUAUAUGUCAUUGAAUUUGCAAAUAUUUAUGUCUUUACAUCUCAAGUGAACAUAAAUUUUUUCAAAAUGGCAUCUACAGUAUUAGUUAAAUUAUCAACUGUACCAUUUCCUCAAGGAAAGAAAUCAUCAUCAGAGAGAGAUAUAGUAACAUUAACAGAUAGGAAUGAAGGGUUGAAUCAAAGUAUAAGACAUCAAACUAUAAAUAUUGAUAGAAUAGCUCAACUGGAACAAAAUAUGAAAUUUUUACAAGAACAACAUCAAGCAACUUUGGUAGCUUUACACCAAGAAGUAGAAUCAUUACGUCAAAAAAAUAGAGAUUUACAGUUUCAAUUAGUAUUCUCAAAAGGAUCUACUUAUGUACCUAGUAGUCCUUCUUCUCCUGAAGAUAAUGGAAGUGGGUUUGUGAAACCAAAGGGUAGCCCAGUAUGUGUGAAUGUUACACCAUUACAAGUGGAACUUUUGGAGAAAGAUUUACAAGAUACCAAAAUAUCUUUACAAGUACUUAGAACAGAAAAUCAGUAUUUUUCUGAAAUUAUUGAAGAGCAGAAAAAAAAAUUGAGUUCAAUAGAAGAACAAAAGAUAAAUAAGAAGUCAAUGAUAGAUGUAGGAAUCCAAGUAGGACUUCAUUCCCCUCGAGCACAUUUAAUUGCAUGCUUUGAAGGCACAGAAGCGGCGAUAAAACGAUUACGCAAGCAAAAUGAGGAACAGAGAGAACAGAUCGCAACAUUGAAAGCAACAUCUCCAAAUAUGAAUGGUAAUAAAGGAGCUCGAUCGCGUGACAGUAAUAAUAGUCAUCAUAGUCGCGGGUCACCUACGAGCACUAUACAAGAACAAACUCCUCAUAUAUUUCCACCAUUACAGAGCUACUGGCAUCACAAGUCAUUUAGGAACGGAAGAAAUCGACACAAUAAAUCGGACCAUCAGACGGAAAUGGAUUCGACUAUGUUACCACAACUCCAAAAUGGCAAUAUAAAAUUAGAUACGAUGAUGUUUGAAUCUCUAUGUUAUCGAUCUCGUGGUCAUCGUAAUUAUUAUCGCGAUGAAAGCAAUCGAAAAUAUAGAGGAAACAUUUCACAAAAAGAUCGUAGAGAUAGUGAACAUAAUCACCAUCAUCACCAUCAUCAUCAUCGACGAGAUUACAAAGAUAGGAGUUCUAAAAGUCAUCAAAAAGAAUUUCCAGAUUCAGCAGAAGGAUCUAGCGAAGCUGAUAAUUCUGCGGGUGGUAAAUCAUAAAACAAAAGUAGUCUGUUAAUAUACUAGUUAUGUAGCAGACUUCCUAUUCUCUACCUAUAUACCAACAAUUACGAAAGACUCCAACAACGGUAUAUUUGUUAAUAAAAGAACAAUCUACGUUUUCUUAUAUCUGCUUUAAUAAGAUAGUAUUAGUUAUAUGCAUACAGCUUGGAGUAGGAUAGUCGUAAUAUCAAAUUAAAAUUACGCAAUCUUUAAUGUAAAAAUCUAGUCAAAUUUUACUCAUUAUAGAUUACUAAUAUAAAAACAAAAUAUUCGUGCUUAAUGGAUACAAAAGUAUUAGCUUGUAUGAUUAUUUCUGCUGUUACAAAAUAAAUAGAAAAAUAUA